ACGAAAGCGGAUGUCCGCUACCUGCACGAAAAAUAUCGCGACCAUAUUGUUUACCAAAAUUUGUUUUGAAAUAGUUUGAUUUCAUCUUCUAAGUAGCGUUUAAAUGCACAUAUAAAGUGAUCAUGGCAACAGGAGGCACACUACAGAAAGCAAUUGACUUGGUGACCAAAGCAACGGAGGAAGAUAAGAACAAGAAUUAUGAAGAAGCAUUGCGACUUUACGAGCAUUCAGUAGAGUAUUUUCUACAUGCCAUCAAGUAUGAGGCACAAAGUGACAAGGCCAGAGAAACUAUCAGGGCCAAAUGUAUUCAGUAUCUCGAUCGAGCUGAGAAGUUGAAAAAGUAUUUGGCGGAUAAAGAGCACAAGAAGAAACCAAUAAAAACUGGUGAAAAUUCAAGCAAGAAGGGUGCAGACAGUGACAGUGAUUCCGACAGUGAUCCAGAUAAAAAGAAACUGAUUAACCAAUUAGAAGGUGCUAUUGUUAUGGAGAAACCAAACAUCAAUUGGAAUGAUGUGGCUGGGUUAGAGGUUGCGAAAGAAGCAUUAAAAGAAGCUGUUAUUUUACCAAUCAAGUUUCCUCACUUGUUUACAGGGAAAAGACAACCAUGGAGGGGAAUUCUGCUAUUUGGACCACCCGGAACAGGCAAGUCAUACUUGGCGAAGGCAGUUGCUACAGAGGCCAACUCUACCUUCUUUUCUGUGUCUUCAUCCGAUCUUGUCUCCAAGUGGUUAGGCGAAAGUGAAAAGUUAGUCAAGAACCUCUUCGAGAUGGCUCGAGACAAAAAGCCAAGCAUCGUAUUUAUCGAUGAAAUAGACUCUCUUUGCAGCUCGCGCUCGGACAAUGAAUCCGAGUCAGCCCGGCGAAUUAAGACAGAGUUCCUUGUGCAAAUGCAAGGUGUUGGGACAGAUAAUUUCGGCGUUCUAGUGUUAGGCGCAACAAAUAUCCCCUGGGUACUAGAUGCAGCUAUAAGGAGGAGGUUCGAGAAGCGUAUCUACAUACCACUGCCAGAAGAAAAUGCACGUACAACAAUCUUCAAAAUCCACAUGGGGAACACACCAAAUAGCCUUACAGAUGAAAACUACAGAACGCUAGGAGAGAAAAGCGAAGGCUAUUCCGGUGCGGACAUCAGUAUAGUGGUCCGGGAUGCCCUGAUGCAGCCAGUGCGAAAGGUUCAGACAGCUACACACUUUAGACGGGUACGGGGACCAAGUCGCACUGACCCUAAUCUAAUCGUCGAUGAUUUGCUGUCUCCCUGUUCUCCUGGUGCACCUGGUGCCACGGAAAUGUCCUGGAUGGAGGUUCCUGGUGAAAAACUGCUAGAGCCAGUUGUGACAAUGGGAGAUGUUCUUCUGUCCCUCUCAAGCACCAAACCGACUGUUAAUGAUGAAGAUUUGUUGAAGGUAGAUAAAUUCAAGGAUGACUUUGGACAGGAGGGGUAGUGGCUGUACUAGUUACUACCUACUUACUACUAGAACUAGUACUAAAACCUGCUUGCUUGGAAGGUAUGUAAUAGGCACUGUUCCAUACUGUUGUGUCUGACCUUGUAGUAUAUGCUUGUCAUGUCAGAUGCUGUCAUUCUGCUGAUGUGUUCAUGACAAAUGCGAUGGGUUGUAUAUUUAUAUAUAACCGAUACAGGCCUGUGUUAACGUAAAUGCUUUGACUACAUUAAAAAAGUUACAUGAUUAUCUUGGCCAUAUAAGCAACCUUUUAGGGUUUCUUUCUGUAACUUCUACAUGUAGCUGUAAAAUUACAACAAUGCCAUGUAUCUAUCACUUUGUGUGAUUGUAUGUAAUGUGUUGCCCAUCCUUGUAAUAGUAUUUUAUGCAGAUAUGUAGUUAAUAUGCUACAAGUGUAGUUUUCUCCUGCAUAGUUAGUGGGAUUAAUUUGAUUAGACUGUAAUUGGUCAUGGAUUGACUAUUGUUUAAUUAGGAUUUAUUUCUGGAAAGUCUAUAGUGUAUUGUGGCAUAUACACUGAGCAUUGUUUCUGGUUAUUUGCAUUACACAGCGCCGGUUUAAUGCCAAGUUCUUAUUGUACAGACAUUGAGGAAAUUUAUAAAUGCUAUGUUGAUUAUGUAUUUAUGUCCAUUAAAAAGUGUGAAAAUAAUGUGAGAUUAGAGGCUAUUGUAAAUGCACUGGUUUUGCUAGUUUGCAUAGACAUGUACAGAUUAAACACAAUAUAAAUGAUAUGUGAAUAUAUUGUAUCUUCAUUAGUGAAAGUCGCUGACACAGAAAACAGGAUACUAUAUACUAACUGUAUAUAUAGGAUUUAUAUCUCCGGACUCUCCGGAUAUAUAUCUGGAUAUAUAUAAUUAUUGCAUGUCAGCUGCUCCACUGUACUUAAGAAAUUGUGACAGUUACUUGGAUAAUAAGCAUUACUUGUGAUUAUAAUUUUGCAGUGAUAGCUAAUAAAAUUAUUAUAAAUGUGGCUUAUUGCAAAUAUGGUGUAAAGGUCAAAACUUCAAUUACAUCUCAAAUGCUUGUGAAACUGAUAUAGCACAAAGAAGAUGCUGGGGAAGUGGGUUUGGUCGUUUAAACAUGAGCAUAAUAGUUCAGACGAGCGUGUGUGUAGGAACUGUAAACGCUAAGUUGCCGAUUUCAGUGUGACUCAAAAUGGAAGAGCUGAAUAAGUCAGAGCAGGGCAUCCUACAUAUAUAGCAUUCGGACACCAUUUUUGAACGACAAAGCAUUAUGCAGGAGCAGCAACUUGCAUGUUUAUUGUAUUCAACCUGCAAUAGUUGUCUAAGUUCAAGCAAGCAUGCCCUCUCAGCAUGGAUUGCCAUGUAAUGAAGCUGCUUUCUUAUAGCGAAUGUGCCCUGUUCCAUUAACAUCCACCUAUAGGCCUGCCCUAGCUCUCUAGCUGAAAUGUUUGGAAGGUCUGGACUAGUCCAGGAGCAGACCAGUAGUUGCUGGCCUAGCGUUAGCACAUGACCUUGGUUUCUUAUUAGUGUGCAGCAUUGAAGAAUACAUCUCGACAACUCGUCAUCUUUAAUUUUUAUCACCCUAUUACCCGUUUAAAAUAACCCCCAAAAGAAGAUUAAAUGAAAGGGAAACGUGUAACACUGCUGCAAAAAAAGUUGGAAAUAUAUAUCUGCGAAUACUGGCAUUCUUUCCUCUUUGAUAAAUCACAACCAAUGAGCUGUCAUUGUACUUUAAUGUAAGUAAAGUUUAUCCUAAAUUUCACUGAAGAAAACUGCCCUUGGGACUUCAAUUAACAAUACCUUGGACAACUGCUAUAAUGUCAGUUUUAGAUGCGUGCAUCUGAACUCCGUGUAUGUUGGUUAGUAAUGACCCUCGUUUAACCAUAUAUGGGGUGCAUAUCUUUCGAGUUCCUUGGUCAUUAGUGUUUAGGCAUAAAGUAAUGCCAAUGACUUAGGAGAUGUUGUGCGUGAGUUUGUGUGCGUGAGUUUUGUGUGCCAGGUCUGUAAAAAGAUCUUCCAAUAGUGCACAUGCAUAGGUCAUGUGGAAAUCCAAUUUAUUUGUUUAAAAUAGUAUAAUAAAC